AUGCUGCGCGCGGCGGCGGCGGCGGCGGCCCGGCGGUGCGGGCUCGGCCCCGGUGCCGGCCGGGGGCAGGCGGGAGCGCGGCGGUGCUCGGGCGCUGCGCGGCGGCGGCCGUGGGCGCCUCCGGCGGGGCGCGACAGCGGGAUCGUGGCGUACAACAGCCGGAGCCGGAGCAAGGAGCCGCUCGUGCUGGCCGCGGAAGGAGUGGCGACCUGGUACAGCUGCGGGCCGACGGUGUAUGACCACGCACACCUGGGGCACGCCUGCUCCUAUGUUAGAUUUGAUAUAAUUCGAAGGAUAAUGACAAGAUUUUUUGGAAUUGAAGUUAUCAUGGUGAUGGGGAUCACAGACAUAGAUGACAAGAUAAUAAAAAGAGCCAAUGAGAUGAAUAUAUCGCCAGUAGCUCUUGCUCGUAUUUAUGAAGAAGACUUUAAACAAGAUAUGGCUGCCUUAAAGGUCCUUCCUCCUACAGUAUAUAUGAGGGUGACUGACCAUAUUCCUCAAAUAAUCUCCUUUAUAAAAACAAUAAUUUCCAGUGGACAAGCUUAUGCAACCUCGCAAGGUAAUGUUUAUUUUGAUGUUAAGUCCUGGGGAAAAAGAUACGGAGUGUUAACUGCUAUUAACCCUGAUACCCAAGAUGAAGCAGCUGAUUCUGACAAACGACAUGGUAAAGAUUUUGCCCUGUGGAAGGCUGCCAAGCCUCAGGAGCUAUCCUGGAAUUCUCCCUGGGGAAAAGGACGACCUGGAUGGCACAUUGAAUGCUCCACAAUAUCAAGUGCAGUGUUUGGAAAACAGCUGGACAUCCAUACUGGUGGAAUAGAUCUUGCAUUUCCUCAUCAUGAAAAUGAAAUUGCACAGUGUGAGGUGUAUCAUCAGUGUGAGCAGUGGGGGAAUUACUUUCUGCAUUCUGGGCACUUGCAUGUUAAAGGAAGUCAAGAAAAAAUGUCAAAGUCAUUAAAAAACUACAUAACAAUUAAGGAUUUCCUGAAGAAAUGUUCAUCAGACCAAUUCAGAAUGUUUUGUUUGCGUGGCAGAUACAGCUCAGCAGUAGAAUUUAGUGAGGAGAGCAUGGAAGAUGCAAAGAACCUUCUUCAGGCAAUCUCCUCAUUUAUUAGAGAUGCAAAUGCUUAUAUAAAAGGACAGCUGGUGUGUGACCCUGUUAGAGAAGACAUAUUGUGGGAAAGGCUAGCCAACACAAAAGUAACGGUGAAGGCUGCGUUUGCAGAUGACUUUGACACCUCCAGGGCUGUUGCAGCAAUUAUGGACCUCAUUCACCAUGGCAACAGACAGCUUAAGGCUGUUACUAAGGAUGCUGGAUCUCCUAGAAGCUCUGUUGUGUAUGGAAGCAUUAUUUCCUAUAUUGAAGGCUUUUUCAGUGCCCUUGGGAUGUCCUUUGAGGAAAGACAGGUGGCUGUGGGAGGAGACAAGUCUGCAGUGCUGUCCAAUGUCAUUGAGGAGCUGGUGAGGUUCCGCUCCAAGGUCCGGCAUUACGCGCUGGCUCUGCCCGAAGCAGCGGACACUGCACCGGUGGAGGGUGCAGCAGGAGCCCAGGGAACCAAACAAGAGCAGAAGGAAAAGAGGAAGCACUUAAUGCAGGAGAGAAAGCCCCUCUUGGAGGCUUGUGACAGUCUGCGUGGAGACCUUGCUGCCUUUGGAAUCCACAUUAAGGACAGAGCUGCUGUUUCAACCUGGGAAAUUGUGGAAGGAGGGCAGACAGAGAAGCAGACUGAGAAAAAAAGCUGAUCUUCAUCCUUGGACUUGUUUUUUAUCUCAGCUACUUCAGCAACUGUUGUAAAUACUAAUUCUUUCAAAAUAAAAUCUGUUGAACAGAAUGGCUAAAAA